AUGGACGUGGACCUCGACGUGGACAUGGACGUGGAGGACUUGGACGUGGACAUGGACGUGGACGUGGAGGACUUGGACAGAGACGUGGACGUGGACGUGGACGUGGACGUGGACGUGGACGUGGACAUGGACGUGGACGUGGAGGACUUGGACGUGGACAUGGACGUGGACGUGGACAUGGACGUGGACAUGGACAUGGACGUGGACGUGGACAUGGACGUGGACGUGGAAGUGGACGUGGACGUUGACGUGGACAUGGACGUGGACUUGGACGUGGACGUGGACGUGGACUUGGACGUGGACGUGGAUGUGGACGUGGACGUGGACAUGGACGUGGACGUGGACGUGGAUGUGGAUGUGGACAUGGACGUGGACGUGGACGUGGACAUGGACGUGGACGUGCACGUGGACGACUUGGACGUGGACAUGGACGUGGACGUGGACGUGGACAUGGACGUGGACAUGGACCUGGACGUGGACGUGGACGUGGACCUGGACGUGGAUGUGGACGUGGACCUGAACGUGGACGUGGAUGUGGACGUGGACGUGGACGUGGACGUGGACGUAGACGUGGACGUGGACGUGGACAUGGACACGGACGUGGACGUGGACAUGGACACGGACGUGGACGUGGACGUGGACGUGGACAUGGACGUGGACGUGGACGUGGAGGACAUGGACGUGGACAUGGACGUGGACGGGGACGUGGACGUGGACGUGGACGUGGACAUGGAUGUGGACGUGGACGUGGACAUGGACGCGGAUAUCGACGUGGACGUGGACAUGGACGUGGACAUGGACGUGGACGUGGACAUGGACGUGGACGUGGACGUGGACGUAGACAUGGACGUGGACGUCGACGUGGACGUGGACGUGGACAUGGACGUGGACGUGGACGUGGACGUUGACGUGGACGUGGACGUGAACAUGGACGUGGACAUGGACGUGGACGUGGACAUGGACGUGGACGUGGACGUGGACAAGGACGUGGACGUGGACGUGGACAUGGACGUGGACAUGGACGUAGACGUGGACGUGGACAUGGACGUGGACGUGGACGUGGAGGACACGGACGUGGACAUGGACGUGGACGUGGACGUGGACAUGGACAUGGACGCGGACGUGGACAUGGACGUGGACGUGGACGUGGACAUGGACGUGGAGGAUGUGGACGUGGACGUGGACGGGGUCGUGGACGUGGACGUUGACGUGGACGCGGACGUGGACGUGGACAUGGACGUGGACGUGGUCGUGGACGUGGACGUGGACGUGGACGUGGACGUGGACAUGGACGUGGACGUGGACGUGGACGUGGACGUGGACAUGGACGUGGACAUGGUCGUGGACGUGGACAUGGACGUGGACGUGGACGUGGAUUUGGACGUGGACAUGGACGUGGACAUGGAUGUGGACAUGGACGUGGACGUCGACGUGGACGUGGACGUGGACGUGGACGUGGACGUGCACGUGGACGUGGACGUGGACGUUGACGUGGACGUGGACCUGGUCGUGGUCGUGGACGUGGACGUGGACCUGGACGUGGACGUGGACAUGCACGUGGACGUGAACGUGGACGUGGACGUGGACGUGAACAUGGUCGUGGUCGUGGACGUGGACGUGGACGUGGACGUGGACAUGGACGUGGACGUGGACGUGGACGUGGACGUGGACGUGGAUGUGGACGUGGACGUGGACGUGGACGUAGACGUAGACGUGGAUGUGGACGUGGACGUGGACAUGGUAUUGGACGUGGACGUGGACGUGGACGUGGACGUGGACGUUGACGUGGACGUGGACGUGGACGUGGACCUGGACGUGGACCUGGACGUGGACGUGGACGUGGACGUCGUGGUCGUGGACAUGGACGUGGACGUCGACGUGGACAUGGACGUGGAGGACUUGGACGUGGACAUGGACGUGGACGUGGAGGACUUGGACAGAGACGUGGACGUGGACGUGGACGUGGACGUGGACAUGGACAUGGACGUGGAGGACUUGGACGUGGACAUGGACGUGGACGUGGACAUGGACGUGGACAUGGACAUGGACGUGGACGUGGACAUGGACGUGGACGUGGACGUGGACGUGGACGUUGACGUGGACAUGGACGUGGACUUGGACGUGGACGUGGACGUGGACUUGGACGUGGACGUGGAUGUGGACGUGGACGUGGACAUGGACGUGCACGUGGACGUGGAUGUGGAUGUGGACAUGGACGUGGACGUGGACGUGGACAUGGACGUGGACGUGCACGUGGACGUGGACGUGCACGUGGACGACUUGGACGUGGACAUGGACGUGGACGUGGACGUGGACAUGGACGUGGACAUGGACCUGGACGUGGACGUGGACGUGGACCUGGACGUGGAUGUGGACGUGGACCUGAACGUGGACGUGGAUGUGGACGUGGACGUGGACGUGGACGUGGACGUAGACGUGGACGUGGACGUGGACGUGGACAUGGACGUGGACGUGCACGUGGACGUGGACACGGACGUGGACGUGGACGUGGACGUGGACAUGGACGUGGACGUGGACGUGGAGGACAUGGACGUGGACAUGGACGUGGACGGGGACGUGGACGUGGACGUGGACGUGGACAUGGAUGUGGACGUGGACGUGGACAUGGACGCGGAUAUCGACGUGGACGUGGACAUGGACGUGGACAUGGACGUGGACGUGGACAUGGACGUGGACAUGGACGUGGACGUAGACAUGGACGUGGACGUCGACGUGGACGUGGACGUGGACAUGGACGUGGACGUGGACGUGGACGUUGACGUGGACGUGGACGUGAACAUGGACGUGGACAUGGACGUGGACGUGGACAUGGACCUGGACGUGGACGUGGACAAGGACGUGGACGUGGACGUGGACAUGGACGUGGACAUGGACGUAGACGUGGACGUGGACAUGGACGUGGACGUGGACGUGGAGGACAUGGACGUGGACAUGGACGUGGACGUGGACGUGGACAUGGAUGUGAACGUGGACGUGGACGUGGACAUGGACGCGGACAUCGACGUGGACGUAGACAUGGACGUGGACAUGGACGUGGACGUGGACAUGGACGUGGACGUGGACGUGGACAUGGACGUGGACGUGGACGUGGAGGACUUGGAUGUGGACAUGGACGUCGACGUGGACGUGGACGUGGACGUGGACGUGGACAUGGACGUGGACGUGGACGUGGAUGUGGACAUGGACGUGGACCUGGACGUGGACAUGGACGUGGACGUGGACAUGGACGUGGACAUGGACAUGGACGACAUGGACGUGGACAUGGACGUGGACAUUGACGUGGACAUGGACAUGGACAUGGACGUGGACGUGGACGUGGACAUGGACGUGGACGUGGACGUGGACGUGGACAUGGACACGGACGUGGACGUGGACAUGGACCUGGACAUGGACGUGGACGUGGACGUGGACCUGGACAUGGACGUGGACGUGGACGUGGAGGACAUGGACGUGGACAUGGACGUGGACGUGGACGUGGACGUGGACAUGGAUGUGGACGUGGACGUGGACAUGGACGCGGACAUCGACGUGGACGUGGACAUGGACGUGGACAUGGACGUGGACGUGGACAUGGACGUGGACGUGGACGUAGACAUGGACGUGGACGUGGACGUGGACCUGGACGUGGACGUGGACGUGGACGUGGACAUGGACGUGGACGUGGACGUGGACGUGGACGUGGACAUGGACGUGGACGUGGACGUGGAGGACAUGGACGUUGACAUGGACGUGGACGUGGACGUGGACAUGGACGUGGACGUGGACGUGGACAUGGACGUUGACGUGGACGUGGACGUGGACGUGGACAUGGACGUGGACGUGGACGUGGACGUGGACAUGGACGUUGACGUGGACGUGGACGUGGACGUGGACAUGGACGUGGACGUGGACGUGGAGGACAUGGACGUGGACAUGGACGUUGACGUGGACGUGGACGUGGACGUGGACAUGGAUGUGGACGUGGACGUGGACAUGGAUGCGGACAUCGACGUGGACGUGGACAUGGACGUGGACAUGGACGUGGACGUGGACAUGGACGUGGACGUGGACGUAGACAUGGACGUGGACGUGGACGUGGAGGACUUGGAUGUGGACAUGGACGUGGACGUGGACGUGGACGUGGACAUGGACGCGGACAUGGACGUGGACGUGGACAUGGACGUGGAUGUGGAGGUGGACGUGGACAUGGACGUGGCAUGGACGUGGAUAUGA